CGUGACCCCCGCCCGCGUGACCCCGCCCCGCCCCUGGCGCGCGGCCCGGCCCCGCCCCGCGCCGCCUGCGCGUGCGCGGCGCUUCCCGCCAAAACCGGCGUGAGGGGCGCGGGGUCCCCGCCCGCCAUGAGCGGGACGGUGCUGGCUGGGACCCCCAUCGCCGUGGACUUCUGGAGCCUGCGGAAGGCGGCCGGCGCUCGCCUCUUCUUCCUCUCCCACAUGCACUCGGACCAUACGGUGGGGCUGUCCAGCACCUGGAGCCGCCCGCUGUACUGCUCCCCGCUCACCGCCCGCCUCCUGCACCGCCGCCUGCAGGUGCCCAUGUGCUGGAUCCGGCCGCUGGAGGUGGGGCAGAGCCAUGUCGUGGAUGAGGUGACGGUGACGCUGAUCGACUCCAAUCACUGCCCUGGUUCCGUUAUGUUCCUCUUUGAGGGCACCUUUGGCACCAUCCUCUACACAGGAGAUUUCCGCUACACGAGUGCCAUGCAGGGCGAGCCGGCGCUGAAGGGCCGCCACAUCGACCGCCUGUACCUGGACAACACCCACUGCCACCCGCAGCGGGCGCUGCCCUCGCGGGCGCUGGCCACCCGCCAGGCUGCCCGCCUCAUCCGUGCCCACCCGCAGCACCACGUGGUCAUCGGUGUGUACACCCUGGGCAAGGAGACGCUGCUGGUGGACCUGGCGCGGGAGUUCAGCACGUGGGUGGUGGUGAGCCCCUGGCGCCUGGAGCAGAUGCGGCUGCUGGAGCUGCCCGAUGUGUUCACUGCCGAGGAGGGCGCGGGCCGGAUCCGUGCCGUGGACGUCGCCGAGAUCCGCCGGGACACGCUCAUCGCCUGGAACACGCUGCACCCCACCAUUGCCAUCAUCCCCACGGGCAGGCCCGUGAAGGUCACCCACCCCAACAUCCACCCCAUCCCCUACUCUGAUCAUUCGUCCUUUGCGGAGCUGCGCGAGUUUGUGAAGUGGUUGAAACCCUGCUCCAUCAUUCCCAUUGUGAAGGGUGACAUGUGCCAGGUUUACUUUCAGGAAUACCUGAGCUCUGCUCCCCAGGUACUUCCUGACUUCCAAGGCUCAAAGCCUGUGCAAGAGUCUGGACAGCGGCAAAGCCGAAGGAGGGGGCAGAAACCCACAAGUCUCUGGAAAAGAGUCCUGCGGUGUUCUGUGCCCCGAGGGGUUGUUUAUGAGUCCCCAGAGAAAAAUCCUGAGAAACCUGAAGCGCUUACAGAUGUUAAGGUUCCUCAGCAGUACUGUGAGCCAGCUCUCUGCUCAAAAGAAGGCUGCACUAGUCACAGGGGUGAGAAGGAAGAGCUGAGUGGGGAACAGGUGGGAACAGCAGGAGCAGCACCUGUUUCCAGUGAGCACCUUGCAACUGGAUUUGCAGAGCAGUAUUUACUCACUCCCUUAAAUGUCCUAAGAAAGAAUUCCUCACAGACAUUUGAUCAGGUGGUAGAAGACUUUUUUCGGAAGGGAGACACGCCCUGAAAAAUUGUGUGACAUUGCUGGUGCCAGUGCAGCAGUGUUUCAUUCUGCUCCAUGCUCAGGUUUCCCAUUAGGAGAGAGGAGCUCAGCUCUGGGGCUCUCCUUUCUUUACCUCUUUAUAGAGGUCAAAGACAAAACCAGAACCAGUUUGCAGAUGGUAUGUCUUGAAAACCUAAUUAUUUUUUAUCUCUACAUCUGCUGUGUCCCCACACUGUGCUGGACACUGUGCCUUGCAUCAGCCUUUUGCAGUGACUUGCCUGUCCCCUGUUAGAAAAGUCACUGAGAGGUUGAUUCAAGCAGAGCUGCAGGGGCUGUGAGCUCUCUGCAGCUGAGUAAUUAACGGCUGGAAUGUGAUGAAAGGAGCAAGGGGGUAUCUGAGAGUCUCAAAGAUUCUCCUUUCUGUAAAUCUGUGAUACCUCACUGACUAUGAGCAGUUCAUUCCAAAGUGAAUUACAAAUGCUCUAUAUUAAGGUGCUUUUUAAAAAUACUUCUUAAAGAAAUCUGGACAAUGAAGUGCCUUAAAGUCCAGUAAUCUGUUUUCUGUUAAUUUACUAAUACUUCCAGCUUUUGCAUCCAGCCAGCCAACUGCAGCUGGAAGUAGUCCUGCUCUCCUGAAAGUGCCAUCUCAGUGCUAAUUGUCAGUGUUUUUUCAGAUUUGUGGCUAGGAAAAGCAGGAAUUGUCUGGGUUCUUGAGUUGAAGGCUUUGCAGAGUGGGUCACUAAACCCUCUGCAGUCUUUGCACUCAGCCUUGCACCUCUGAAUUCUGUUUGAUUGCAAAGCACUCCUGGUGAUUGCCAGUGUUCUGCCUUCCCACUCCGCCUGCUCUUGUCCUGCAGUUGCAAAUGGCAUGGGAGAUAAUGAAACAUCUGCUUGGUGGUGUGAUCAGUGUGAGCAGCAUUGUUUGGGAAGAUUGUGACUGAACAGCAGAACUGGCUCUGUUAGUUAGAGGUUGGGCACUUUCCCACUCUGGAUCAGCUGCAGAGCCCCAGCCUGGCACAGCUGGGAAGUGUCUGCAGUGUGACAAACCGUGGCACUGCCAAACAGCACUGCCAGCAUUUCAGAUCAGCCCCUCGUAUGGUCAGGGCAGCUGGAGUGGAAAUGGUCACUGGACACUGUCCUGGAACACCAAGCCAGCUUGUUCCUCAGCUCUCUUGAUCCUCCUUUUGUUACUGUCUAGGCCAACUGUUUCAGAAUUUUGUGAACAUCGUGUCCUACAGGGCCUUUCCAAGCGGCAGCUAGAUGGGCUGAAUUCUCUGAAUUGAGCCAGAAAAGGAAGUUUGCUCUUGGAGUGGAGCCAGGCCUUGUGAAAAGCAGAGGUGCCCCUGGAUGCAGCAGUUGCAGCAGUCCCAAACUGGGCUGUCUGGAACAGUGAGAGUGUCAGCAGGCAGAGUGGGGAUGUUUGGAAAGCUGUUUGUUUGGCAAACACGAGUCCUGACUCCCAAGCCUGUGUGUUCCCAGGCACAGCAAUAUUUACAUUUUAUUUACCUCUGUUACAUAAGGAGUGCCUGUCCCUGGGGCUGCUGUGGCUCUGCCUGCCAGCUGCCAAGGGGACAUUGGGAGUGACAGAGCAGUGUCCUGUGAACUGCACACAGGGCAGCAGGGGCAGCUUGAGCUCCUGCUGUGGGCCCUGUGUCCUUGGAGUUUUCGGUGUGGGUUAUUUCCUAAUCCAAACUCAACUGCAGAGCUCUGUCAGGUGCGUGUGAGUGGAGACACCUGCACGUUUUGUAACAUGGAAAUGAUAGUGCUGUGCUUGUAGCGUGCUGCCUGCUGCUGCUGCCUGGGAGAUGCAGGCUGCUAUUUCAAUAUUGUUGAAAUUCAAGUGACUCAUUUGACAGGCAGGGGAGUGAAGCACUGCCUGAACUCCCAAUUCCACGUCUUGCUUUGAGCAGGCUCUCCACUGCUGGGGAGGAAUGCUCACCUUCUGAGUCACUGCUCCACUUGGGCAUGUUGCAAAUGACCGGGGAGAGCUGAUGUUUGGUGGCAUCCAGCCUUUCCUCUUUUAUUCUUAUCAACUAUUUAUUAAAGUAAAUGGAGAACCUCCUGGUCAGCCUCUGGGCAUAAAGCAGUUGUAAAUGGUAAUUCUUUACAGAGGUAGAUCUGAGCUUUAAUCAUGCACAAACAAGAGAACAUUGCAGGCUUCACAGUCUGGGGAUCUGCAUCCUCUUUCUGUGUGCUCAGUUAAAGCUGCAGAAUAAAAUGAUGGCUUCACUUUCUAGAGCUGAAAAGGUAAUUCCUGCCACUUGAGGAGGGAAUUUAUCCAUCAUGCAGAGCCAAGGAAACCUAAAAUCUCUCUGUGGGUUCAAAAGGCAAUAGAAGCAGGAGAGACUUGACCUGCAGGUAGUUUGUUGGAGAUCUUUGCCUCAGCACAGCAGGUGCACAAGGCAUUUCAGUGCCAAACGUUUCUUCCUGGUUAGGUGUUUAAAUACUACUUUUGUGUGCUAUCCUAAAAUGCUGGAAACUAAAACGUGGCCUUGUGGGGAAAACUGGAAUUGCUGAGUGUUGGGGCUUCUGGCCAUCCUUCAACUUCCCCUGAAGAUGGGUUUAGUGAUGGACCUGGCAGUGCUGAGUUAAUGGUUGGACUCUGGGAUCUUAAAUGAAUUUUCCAACCUAAAAGAUUGCAUGACAUCUCCUGGCAGUAAAAAUUUGGCCUCUUACAGGCCUUGUUCUCCCUCACACUUGUCUCCAUGUUUCCCUGUUUUCCUGCCCCCCAGCCUGGCUCACAGGGGAGCAGCUGAGAGCUGGAGUGUCAUGGAGAGCAGGCUCUGAGCCUGCUGCUCCCAGCUCACCUGCACUGCUGCCCACAGGUGUGUUUUGCUCACAACAGUGACAAGGAGAAGCUGCAGCCCAGUAUUGGCUUCUCUGUAGGAGAUCUGAGGGCCACAUGCUUGGAAAGUUCAGUUAUCCUGGCAGGGAACAGAACGUGCCUUGAGCAAAGUCCUCCCAAAUCUACAGGCACAGAGCAUGCUCCAGCUGCUUAUCUCUGCUCCACAGUUGGGAACUGAGCCCCAGAGGGGGAAACAGCUCAGCCAAGGCCCUGCAGAGGAACAAGGAACGAGCUGAGUUCCCUUUGGCAGGUUUUCAGUGCUGCUUUACCAAUGCUGGCGUGUGGUGAGGGCAGGUUCUGGAGCAGAGCUGCCUGGGGAGGGUCAGUCACUGCACUGUGAACAGCUCAGUCGGAUCAAACUUCUCAGAACAGUAGGAAGGCAUGAAGGAGUGCCCUGUUUGUGCUGUGGAGAGGGCAAAACUGUUCUCUAGGUUGUUGUCAAGAGGCUGAGGCAAAACUUGAGUGGAUCCAGUACUCCACAGAACCAAGUGUGUAAUGUCACCUUGCAGGGAACAUCCCAGAGCACUGCUGGGUUGGGUUUCUGACUCUGCUUCCCCAAUUACGAGGCCAAAGCACUUCUAACUUCUCUCUUCCCUGCUGCAGAGCUGUUCUGCAGCACAGGGGGUUCUUUCCUAGUUUAACAAAACUGCAAUGGUGAAAGCUUUCCUUCACCAAAAAAUGAAUGUUUACAUAAUUACCUCUACAAUGUGUUGUCACUUUGGGCUUAUCCCAAAGCCUGAAAUCUCUGUGCUUUUUUAUGGAGUCCUCUGAGAAGGUACUAGAACAUGUUGAAAAUGUAGAGUCACCUUGAUAAUCAUGUGAGGUGCUGCCUUCAAGUGAGCUCCUGUGGAUGUUCUGUGUGUGUUUGUGAUUCCUUCUGCCGAAUUUGGGAUCUUUUGCCACAGCCACUGCUGUGCUGAAGUUUUUCUGGCUGUGGCUUUGCCCUUGGCCAAACCCCAGCCUGAGGCACAAGCAGCCACGGGUUGUGCAACAAAACCUUUGGGACAGACCUUGACCAGGCUCUGGCUCGGGGAGGCUGGGACUUCCUGAGCAGGUGCUGGGGAGGGUGAGAAUCGUGUUCCACUCUGUCUUGGAGGUCACUGGGAGCCUGCAGAGGAUCGUGCCGAGAGCACGGGGUCCUCCACACAGGGCUGAGACCUCCCUGCCUCAGAGGGUGCAGAGCUCCUGAUCAGUGUUUUGCUGGAGGGGGUUCACACUUGUGCUGCUGUUCAUGUAAGGAGGAAGCUGAGAGAGAGUCUGAGGUUUUCAUAGAAUCACGGAAUGGGGACCUUAAAGAUCAUCAAGCUCCAAACCUUGCCAUGGGCAGGGACAGGUUCACUACACCAGGUUCCUCCAAGCUCUGCCCAACCUGGCCUUAAACACUUCCAGGAAUGGGGCAGCCACAGCUUCUCUGUGAAUCUGUGCCCAGGCCUUAACACCCUCUGAAUAAAGAAUUUUUUCCCAAUACCUAAUCUAAACCUACUCUCACUCCGAAUUUUGGUAAGAGUGUUUGUAAUUUGUAAUUGUUAUUUUUAAAUGUUAUGAAUUUUUGCAAGAAAGCAAAUAAACGUCUCUGUAACACUGGCUUUGGA